AUGGCACUGGAACCUCGCUGUCAUGCCUGCGGAGAGGUAUUAAGUGUCAACAAGAUGAGACUCCGACAUUUCUCAAGACAUUCUUCGAUUUCAAUGAUGGGGAAAGAGUUCCAUGCUGGGCAAUUUCCAAAUGGUGUUCAGGUUGCUUCUGAAUUCGUAUUCUGUGGUGAAGAGUUCAUGCUGAAGUUACUUGACAGAAGAUGGACAAUGACCAGCCCAGAUAGCAAAAUUCACCAAAUAAUGAUCUCUGACAGGCAGAUAAAACACAAAGCUGCACCAUUUGGAGACAUUUUGUUCUUAAACAAUCCUCAUCCACUUUUGGGUGGUCGCACGAUGGAAAAUAACAAGCAACAUCCAUCCUUUUAUGUUGUGAGAGAUGAUUUGCUGCAUCCACUGGUUAAUGGUAAUAAAGCGAGGAAAUUGGAUGCCCUGUUUCCUCUUGUUGAAGAUCAUGCAGUGACAGAUGUGGUUACAUGUGGAGGUUGCCAAAGUGCACAUGCUGCAGCUGUUGCUGUUUCAUGUGCAGAGAGGGGACUAAAGUCGCAUUUGCUUCUACGAGGAGAACACUCUGAAAUUCUAACUGGCUACAACCUAAUUUCCACAUUAUACGGGAAUGUAACUUAUAUUCCAAGGUCUCUGUAUGCCCGGAGGGAGGAAAUGCUUGCAAGGCAUGCCGAUUUGGUUGCAGGCAACCGUGGUUCUGUUAUACGGCUCAGUGAUUUAUUUGGGGAUUCCUCUACGAUAAACACAUCUUGGAAACCAAAACAUGUGCAAAUGGAUGCUUGUAGCUUUGAUGAAAAUAUUAAAAAGGUUGUGAUCAUCAAUGAAGGGGCAGGAGACGCUGUUGGGUUAUUGGGUGUCUUUCGGCUUGUGCAGUACCUAUCUGAGAACCAUUUACUUGGAAAGAAACAGGCUUUCAAAAUUGUAGUAGAUGCUGGUACUGGGACGACAGCUGUUGGUUUAGGUCUUGGGGUUAUGUGUUUAGGGCUCCCAUGGGAGGUCACUGCAGUGAUGCUGGCUGACACUAUUGAUGGAUAUAGAAAACAGGAGGAACGCUUGAUUUCUGAAUUCUGUAGGUGUUGCGCAUUUCCUCUUCUUGAUGAAGCCUUUAGCCAAGUGAAAGGUGGGAUCGUGCAUUGGGUAGAACGUAACUAUCCAAGGAAAUUUGGAAAUGUAUUAAAAGGGGAAGUAGAGUCGUGCCACCAGAUUGCACAGCAAACUGGUAUUCUAGUGGAUCCCGUGUAUACUCUAGCUGCUUGGGAACUAGCAACACAACUUAGUAAGGAAGAGCAAGGAGGAAAUGCAAAAGUGGUGAUGCUUCACACUGGGGGGACCCUAGGCAUGUUCGGGUUAGCACAGCGAUACAGUUCUUACUUCCAUACACUCAAGGAUGGACUGCACAGUUAA